AAAAUCUGGACACAUUGCUGACAAACAGUUUGUGAUGAGGAAUUCGGUACUCACCGAUCUAUUUGAUAACGAUCCUCAUAUCAGGACGGUCCAUCAUAUAUUUGUGGCAAUAUCUAUAUGCUUUGGACUCCAUACAAUGGCUCAUGAUUAUUUCAUGAAAAAUGAGGUGCAUUCAGGAUUCACGUUGAUAUUUUCAGGUUUUGCGAAAUUUCAUAUGGUUCUACGUUCCUGGGUUGAACUCAUGUUGAUUAACUGUUUGGGCUAUGCAUUUUUUGUUAUUUGGGCUAAAACGAGAACAUAUUAUUUCAACAGAGAAUUUCAAAAACUUUGGGACAUUAUCUGGCUGCUGACAUAUAUAGGAUACCUAAUAAUCACUUACAAAAGGGCUGAAUUUUUUGUUAACACUUUCCAGCUUCCUCCUCCUUCAGCUUGUAUCAUUCUUCUGGAGCAG